AUUCCGGUAGUCCGAGACGCAGCAGAGCCGCCCGUUGUCUCCCUAGUCUACAGUAGAUCAUGAGCUCCCGUUCGCUCAGUCACGCCCUCCGCGGCGGCCUCAGCGUCAACGUGCGCCGCCAGGCGCUGGCGACGCGUGGUAACCACGCCCACCGCCCUCCCCCGCCGCCGUUCGCACGCAUCAAGACGCCGGCCCAGCCGCUGCAUGAGGAAGCGGAGCUGGUUUGGAACGACGGAGUCGCCCCCGAGACGCUUAUUGACUUCGACGCGCCGCACAUUCCCAAGUACCAGGCAUUGCGACAAUGGCUCUACGGGUUGGGCGGCUUCGCUACGCUUAUGGGCGUCGUGACGCUUUACAACCCGGACUCGUGGCGACAGGCGUCGAAGCGUGGCAACCACCUGCCGAACCUCAAGUGGGAAUUGGGCGAGGCUAACGAGCCUGAUGGUGAGGUGGACGAGUAAGGUGCAGGAAACGUGCUGUCAGAUGUUGAGCGGAGGAGGUGGAUGUGACCGACUAGCUGCGUCCUGAAAGGUGGAGACUAUCGAGCACAGAUAACAACAACACACAAAAUAACAGAUCCAUAACACAAAGCAGGUCUACACUGGAGCUAGGAGAGAAAGAGACUGCUGUACAAACUGACAUCAAUUCCCCCGUUGACAAAACAGACAGCGUAGUGAAGGCACCGCUUGCAGCAAUCAAAAGCUGCACUUUU